AUAACUCAGGCCUAAGCAAAGGCUUGGCAAUUUGAAAUCCACCUAGUUAACUAAUACUAGUAUCAGGCAUUAAGGUGUUAAAGAUGGGAUUUGUUUUUGUACUUUGCUUGUGUUUGUCUGUCCGUGUCUCUGCUGUAACACAGCUGCACUCGUGCGCAGAUGUCUACACAUCGGACCUCACCCGGACUAGCGGUGAAUACACCAUAUCUAAUAGACAAGGUCAAACCUACCAUGUAUACUGUGAAAUACACGACGGUUACGGGUACACGUACGUUUCUCCGGCCACCAGCGUGCCUGUGAACAUCGCUGACCUUGUGAAAGGCAGUAACAACAGUCAUGUUCUCAUCAGGGACUUGAGAACAAACGGAAAACAAUAUGUUGCGUGGCUAGAGCAGAUUUCUAGAUUAGCCAGCACUCCCCUGUCUAUACAAUACAAUGCUCACGCGAACUACAACGGCAUUUUGAACGCUAAUAUGGCCCCAUACAUAUACGUUGGCUUCACCCCAGCUGCAAAAAUACACAUGGGUGAAGUGCACGGCUACAGGGUUAACGGACAUGACGUCACGUACACGAACUGUGACGGAAAUCCAAACAGCUACUUCGCUUUAUUAUUUAACAAGAACAAAAAUGCAGUAACAAAUUAUGGUUCGGACAGUACUUUGAUUCAUCAAUGGGUAGACGCAGCCAAUGAAGUACCGCCUAGUGAAAAUAUCCCAAUAUCAUACUUCUCAGAAUAUGAAACGCAUUUCGGUGGGUGUGGCGGAUUUGCAACAACUCACGUAAUUCCGCACGUGCAAGGGGCUGCUCUUGGAAUUAGAUAUAAUGUCGUCUGCCCAAAUCCUCCUGAUAUACAAAACGGUUCAAAACGCGUGUCUGGAAAUCUGUUUGUUGGAAGUACAGUAACGUACACUUGUGACAUAGGCUACAAAGUUCUUAGAGGAGACUCAACUCGUACCUGCUCAAAAACUGGUAAAUGGACGGGGUUGACGCCAUUUUGCGGACAGUUUCCGUGUGACAGUCAACCGUGUCAAAAUGGUGGCUUUUGUUUUGCAUCGGAAGGCUCCACCUAUGUUUGUGAGUGCCUAGAGAAUUUUGCAGGACAGAACUGUCAGAACAGAAUUCAAAGUGGUAGGAAAUAAUAUAAA